CCUGUCCUCCCCGAAGACCACCAUCUUUCCGGCAUCCCUCGGAGCCAUCACUGCCUGUCCCGAGGUGUCCCUAGUGGGCCUGUCCUCCCCGAAGACCACCAUCUUUCCGGCAUCCCUCGGAGCCAUCACUGCCUGUCCCGAGGUGUCCCUAGUGGACCUACUUAGGACUUGGCUGCCCAGUUGGCAGGGGCCGUAUCCUGCCCCUGCCCCCUGGGGUGCCCAGGAGGCCUGGCCCCAAGCCUGUGGUGCUGUCUCCCUGGCAGAUAUUGAGGAGAAGGGCGUCCGGAUGAAGCUGACGGUGAUUGACACUCCAGGUUUCGGGGACCACAUCAACAAUGAGAAUUGCUGGCAGCCCAUCAUGAAGUUCAUCAACGACCAAUACGAGAAGUACCUGCAGGAGGAGGUCAACAUCAACCGCAAGAAGCGCAUCCCGGACACGCGUGUGCACUGCUGCCUCUACUUCAUCCCGGCCACUGGCCACGCCCUCCGGCCACUGGACAUUGAGUUCAUGAAGCGCCUGAGCAAAGUGGUCAACAUCGUCCCGGUCAUUGCCAAGGCCGACACGCUGACCCUGGAUGAGAGGGUCUACUUCAAACAGCGGAUCACAGCAGAUCUCCUGUCCAACGGCAUCGACGUGUACCCCCAGAAGGAGUUUGACGAGGACUCCGAGGACCGGCUGGUGAACGAGAAGUUCCGAGAGAUGAUUCCGUUUGCCGUGGUGGGCAGUGACCACGAGUACCAGGUCAAUGGGAAGAGGAUUCUGGGCAGGAAGACCAAGUGGGGCACCAUC